CGAAGCGGGGAACAUAUCAGGAGCAUAAACGGAAUGCUGCUGCUUUGCGCAGAUUCUGCCCUUUCCGGGGGAGAUGCUGAGAUUGUUUACUCUGCUCGUUGGUUGAUGGAUGGCUUGGAGGUAGCUGCAGGUCAGCGGUUGCCGUCAGCAACCAAUAAUCGGCGAGUGACCCCGACAGCGACGUGUCCCUCCCUCCCUUGCUUAUUGCGUGCUGCUUGUUUAUUGCGUGGGGGCAACGACCCUCUAAACGCUUGCUUGCCGUGCCGCGCCACGCCAAGGAUGCUGGAGGUGGAUGGUUGGCUGGUCCACCGCUGCCCACAGAUGCUGCCUAUUGUCUGAGUUGAGAGUUUCGUCUCCCAACAGCGCGGGGUCUGUCUGUUCCGCGGAUCAUCUGUUUGUAAAGCAGUCACUGGCUGAGCCAAAUUGGUGAUUGACAGCAGGGGCUCGACAGCAGCCAUGGAGAAGGAGACGAGCAGCUCCAGCGACGUCUCUGCUUCCCAUGUAGGACGUGUUCGGAGCCGAAGACGCGCUAAUGAGGUUACAACCGAUGGGAAUAAUAAAGCCAAUGGACCGACUUUGCUUGUCAGCGAUCAGAACAAGUAUAAGUCGAUGCUUAUCCGUACAUAUUCUACUGUGUGGAUGAUUGGCGGCUUUGCAUUCCUAGUUUAUAUGGGCCAUCUUUAUAUCUGGGCCAUGGUGGUUGUCAUUCAAAUAUUCAUGGCGACAGAGCUUUUUAACCUACUCAGAAAAUCCAGUGAAGAGAAGCAACUGCCAGGGUUCAGGCUCCUAAAUUGGCACUUCUUUUUCACGGCAAUGUUGUUUACAUAUGGACGCUUUCUUAGUCGGGAGCUUGUUAACACAGUAUCUUCAGAUCACUUGUUGUAUAAGCUCGUCAGCGGCCUAAUAAAGUAUCAGAUGUUUAUUUGCUAUUUUCUUUAUAUUUCAGGAUUUGUAUGGUUUAUUUUGACACUGAAGAAAAAGACAUACAAAUACCAGUUCAAACAGUAUGCCUGGACACACAUGAUUCUUUUAACGGUUUUUGCACAAUCUUCUUUCACGGUGGCAAAUAUAUUUGAAGGAAUGUUCUGGUUUCUUCUACCUGCUUCGCUCAUUGUGAUCAAUGACAUUGCUGCCUAUUUAUUUGGUUUCUUUCUUGGGAGAACACCAUUGAUCAAGUUAUCUCCAAAGAAAACAUGGGAAGGCUUUAUUGGUGCAUCAGUGACAACCAUCAUCUCUGCUUUCCUGUUAGCAAAUGUAAUGGGUCGCUUCCAGUGGUUUACAUGCCCAAGAAAGGACCUGUCAACAGGGUGGCUUCAGUGUGAUCCUGGCCCUAUGUUUAAGCCAGAGCAUUAUUAUCUGGGAGAUUGGGCACCACAGUGGUUUCCAUGGAAAGAUGUGUUCCUAAUGCCCGUGCAGUGGCAUGCUUUAGCCCUUGGUUUAUUUGCAUCGAUAAUCGCACCUUUUGGUGGAUUUUUCGCAAGUGGCUUCAAGAGGGCUUUUAAAAUAAAGGAUUUUGGCGACAGUAUACCUGGGCAUGGUGGAAUCACUGACCGAAUGGACUGUCAAAUGGUUAUGGCAGUUUUUGCAUACAUAUACCACCAAUCGUUCAUCUCCCCCCACAAUUUCUCUGUUGACGCAAUCUUGGAUCAGAUCUUAAGAAACCUGACUUACGAGGAGCAGAGAAACUUGUAUGAGCAACUUGGGGAGAUGUUGGGCAACUUAUGCAAAGCUGAUAAACUCGCUGCUUGCUUAUGAAAAGCACACAACACAAGACAGUAGGCUGGCUGUGUAUGUAUCUAUUUGAGCGCCCGCUCGGUUCGCCGCCAUGAAUGUAGCUCUAGAUUCACCGUGUACAGCAUCAUCGUCGUCGUAGCUCCUCUGUACCCUUGUGAUGGGAGUGAUGGUGUCCUUGUCGAAAACAUUGUACAGAAUGGAUGUAUGGACUGUGGUUGAUAGGGCUAACUAAUUUAAUUAGGUGCUUGAUUUGCUGUGAACUUGUGUUGCUUUUGUUCUCCCCCUGCUAUUUGAUUUAUUAAUUUGCCUGUUGUGCUCGUUUUUCGUAGUCGGAGAUGGAAAACUUAUAUUCUUGUAAACCCUCACUUUGUUUGUUGGACCAUGUCGACUAUUUGGAGAGCUGCA